CUUGUUUUCAUCAUCACCACCUACCUAGCUUCAUUAGCUAGGAGAAAAACUCACAAACAAUGCUGCAAACCUUGACUAAUUCUUAUCCCACCGCCGCAAAGACGGCCGAAAUCAUGGCCAGGUACAGACCCAUAGCCCCCAAGCCGGAGACUUCCGUCUGCCCCUCGCCGGACGUCGCCUCUAAUAACAGCAAUGCCCUGCCGCCGGGUAUCAGCAGAUCUCCUUUCCUCAGAGACGUUUGGCGCCAAUUGCAGGCCAGGCCCACCCGCAGCAGGAAGAGAGGUAGGUCCCACGUCCCUCCGCCGCCGCCUAAGAGAGUGAGGUCGGGACCGUCGGGCAUGCAAGGUGUGUCUCCUCCUAAUUACCAUCACCGUCUCAUUUCUUUCCAGGGCGGCGGGGGCGGCAGCUUCCCGGUAUUCCCCAAUCUUAUCUCUCUCAAAUGUGGUCUCGACGGCCCGGUUUCUACUCUCUCAAGCUCGGUUUCUCUUUCUUUUCUUCCUCCACAUAGUGCCCCGCUGUCGCAUUCAUCCCCCGCGAAGCCUCGGGAAGAGAGGGGGAUAGAUUUGAACCGGGCGGCUGAGGAUAAUGAGGACGGGUUCUUCCCGAUUCCUGUUAUAAACCCGCGUCCUGUUCGGCCGGUGGGGUCAAGCAUUUACGUGGGACGGAUCGUUGUUGGCGGAGCGGAGGAAGACGGGAGGAAGAGGUUGUUGGCGGAGGAGGUGGAGGAAGAGGUCGAGACGGAGGUGUUGCCAGCGGUGGUUUCGGACUCGAAGAACAACGUCCGCCUGGCGAACUCCGCUUACAAGGAGAUGGUAGGCCAGCCGGAGUGUUGCUGGCUGGACUACAUGCCGCCUCACGGUGGCGGAAAGCGUGGGAGGAUCGGCGGGGAGGUGGUGCUUCACCUGUUGGAUGCAUGUGAUGUGCCAAUGUCGUCGGAGAGAUUCACGUGCUGGGUGAGGAUAGAGUGGAGAAGCAACGAUGAUGAGAAGAAGAAGAACUCGGUGAGGGCUUUUUGUGAUGCGGUUAAGUUGGGCUGCAAGUCCAGAGACUACCUGUUCGAAUGGAGGUUCCACACCACCCAGACUACGUCGCCGGAAUAAUAUAACCCACCUGUCACGGCGGCGGGCGGCGGCCUGUAAAAACAUGCAAUAGAGUCGAAGUCAAAAGUUUAUAUUAGAAAAAUAAUCUAAAUGCGCGCGAUUAAUCAAGGUACAUAUAUAUAUGCAACAUUUUCUGCCAAAUGUUACUAUGGGAAUGCAUGUAUAUAUGCAAGUAAAAAGUGAACUACAAAAGUAAAAAGUUUAGACUUUUAAUUUAGAAGCGCCUUGUAAUUAGUAAGAGCAACAAAAUCAAAUUUUUGUAUGUAACUGCUGACUAGCUAGUAGCUGCUCUUGGCUUCCAUAAAAAAGAGUAAAAUUGCGCUUCUGUUUAUG